UCCGGCCAAGAAGCCGCCUGAAGCACGGUGCAUCGCCAUCGAGAAAGCCAUGCACACACACCAAGCCUGCUUGACUGGCAGACCUUCCUUUUGGAGACUUAAACUGCCGAUGAAAACACAAGCUUAAGUAGCACAGUCGCGGUAGUACCUGAGUGACCAGCGCACCGAUUUCCACGCCGAGAGUCCCCUUAUUAUUCGAACGGGCGCCAAUAUCGCAAUUAAAAUAAAAAAACGAUUUAUAUCGAUUAAAAUUAGUGCAGAUUUUGUGCCGAAGGAAAGUUUUGUGCGCGCUUUGCAGAUGUUAAAAGUGUUGAACAAUAUUAAUUGGAACUGUUAAAAGUGUGUUAUGGUUGAAUCUGUGUUUGGAUUACACAUUUAACUAAAAUUAGACAAUUCAACUCCAUCAAAAUGAACGAAGUGGAUGCAGUAGUUCCACCGUUACCUCCGAAAACGAAGAAAUCCCCUCUUCUCAGCCAAAGCGACGCAACGGUACUAUCCCAAGAGGUUCCGCAAUCUCUAGACGUGUACCAGUACAGAAUACAAGAAGUACCCGAAGCAAAUAUCGUGAAAAUACACAUCAAUCCCAUAAGCAACAACCACAGCAAUAGAAGUACGACGUUGAUAAAUCAAGAAAACGACAACGACGUUGAUUACUCUUCCAUAGAAGACAGAGAAAUUGUUCGUAUAACCACGGAAAAGCCCCGAAAACCCUCAAAUGGUGUCGUCUGCAUAACCGUCAACAACCCCGACUCAGAUAUGGUGAACAUGGACACGCAGAACAACCCUUACUUCUUCUACGGUUCCUUCAACAACUGCGUCAUGUCCUCCGGUCAAAUAUCACCCAGCGAUACCCUGGAUUCGGGUACCUGCAGCGACUUGGACGGCACUCCUCCGCCUUUACCCAAGAAGAAAAGUACUUCGGUUACCCUCAUCGGGGGCGGUCAUAGAAGUGCACCUAGUUCCAGCAGUGGUGCCGAAAUUGACAGUGAUGAUAAUGAGAGUAGUAUUAGCUGUGAUUCGUUGACCAGUGGGAAGAUUUCGCCCAUAAAUCAAAACAACACUUCAGCCAAUGAUAAGUCAUCAUUUUUACCUACAACUCUUCUCCAGGACAUCAGGCUAAGAUCCUCAAAACUAUCGCCUUCAGAGUCACCAAUUGCAACUCCUAUAGCACCUGUUGCAACCCCCGUUACAACACCUGUAACACCACCACCGGUAAUCGUAGACGAAAAAACAUACGAGGAUCGCUUGAUAGAAGAAACCACCAUCACCAAGAACAAAAAGAACCUGGACUUCGAUACCGACAUGUUCUACAAUUUUCACAUGAACGAACAUCUGAAGGUCGCGGAAAAAAGUGAUAAAGUUAAGUGCGUGGUGGAGGACGAAACAUUUGCCGGUUACAAGGAUAUUUUGGGGGAUGGGGCGGCUACCAUAAGGAGUGCUAAGGGGACAGUGCGCGGGGUUAAGAACAGAGUUCGUAAUGGGAUUGCCACCUUCUUGCAGAUACACUCAGACCUAAAGAACUACAAGGAAAAAGAGGCUGGCAAAGUGGUGGUGUACACGACUACGAUGGGCAUCUUGCGGAACACCUACCAGGCGUGCAUGAAAGUGAAGCAGAUUCUGCGGACGCUGCUGGUCAAAUUCGAGGAACGCGACGUCUUCAUGAGCGCCGAGUUUCAAGCCGAAAUCCAGGAAAGGAUGCACUGCGACCACAUACUCGUUCCGCAAGUCUUUGUCGAUGGACAACACAUAGGAGAUGCCGAAACAAUAGAGCGACUUAACGAAAGCGGAGAGCUAAGAAGAAUACUAAAAAACUUUAAGAGCACCGAUGCCUGCAGUACCUGUAAAUCCUGCGGAGGCUACAGGCUAAUGCCGUGUACAGUAUGUAACGGAAGCAAGAAAUCUGUACACAGAAAUCACUUUACCGCCGAGUUCGUGGCUCUAAAGUGCAUGAAUUGCGAUGAAGUGGGACUCGUACGUUGUCCAUCUUGCUGACAAACACCGCAAUAAGUUUUAAACGUUUACGGGACUCUGUAUAAUCUCGAUCUUCGUCUGAGAGCUUGACAUAAGAAGCGAGCCAGCAGAACGUUAGAUGGGUUAAAUUUUUCAUUGUGUUUGUUUUCCAUAAAAGGAGCACGAGAGUUUUGCAAUAAUAGAUUAAUCUAACCGUUUGUAAAAUACAUUUUGAACAUUGGACAAUAGAAUAGAAUAUAACUUCAGUUAAUUUCACAAAUAAAAAUUGUGGGACUUUUAGUACUUUUAAAAUGCCUGUUUUGAUUGACAAGCACUUUCAUAUUUAGAGCAAUGUUUUCGGAUGUAAAAUAUUUACGUCCUUUAAUGGAAUUUGAUAUUCCAUAGUAUAAAUGGUUCUACAACCUCUAUUAUGGUGAGUAGAAACCCUGUAUUUCAAACAUUA